GCAAGAACUCAAGUGUGAAAUACCAUUGCUAAAUCGUAAGAUUUAAAUUUGGAGAUGCUUCAAAGUAGAUCUGCACGAGUUCCGAAAUGCGCUCGAUGUAGAAACCAUGGGAUGAUUUCUACUUUAAGGGGACAUAAGAAACAGUGUAUUUAUAAGAAUUGUUCGUGUACUAAAUGUGGGUUGAUUAAAGAACGACAAAGGAUUAUGGCCGCUCAGGUCGCUUUAAAACGUCAACAAGCAGCUGAAGACGCAAUUGCCCUCCAUUUAGCGGCAGCAGAAAAUGGCACAACCUACGAUUAUCUCCCACCUGGAAAAAUUUUUGGGAUGCAAGUUACAUCUCCUAUGGCGGAAUCCCCAGAUCUUCCUAAAGGACGUCCUGUAACACCUGAAAAACCAUCCGAAGAAAUUUCGGUUAGUCCUGCAUCUAUCGAUAUGCUUUGCAAGCUUUUUCCAAAUAAAAAACGAUCCGUUUUGGAGUUAGUUUUAAAAAGAUGUAAUCAUGAUUUAUUAAAAGCCAUCGAACAUUUCAAUUUGGCCAACGCUAAGAAAACAGAUGGGGAAAAGAAAAUUGUUGAUGAAGGGGGUGAGGAUGACUACGUAUCGGCUUUUAAACCGGUUUAUGGGAAAAUGGGUCCCCAUGGGAAUUUAUUGGCGGGAAGUAAAGUUUACAUGCAUAGUAUUUACCCAUUUUUAUCGCUUUUUAACCCCCAACCUGUUUUACCAAGUCCAGUUUAUGUCCCAGGAUUUUGCGAUUGUAAUCAAUGCAGGUACAGUUUACAUUCAAACCCUCGAAAUUAAAUAUUAAGUUUUUAUUAU